AUGUUUCUUCGUCUUCUUCUCUUCAUAUGCUUUCUAGGAUGUGAUGAUAUUACCGUUAUCAUUGCACAAACAUGCUGUCCGUUGUCACCAGCUGGAUUAUAUGGUAAGAGGUCGAUCAACAUUUUGAUUCCGAUACCAUAUCAUUUCGCAUUUCCUCAAUUAAGUGGUUUGGGAGGUGGAUCGGGCCGUUUUCUGGGUCCCUUGUACUUCGGAUACUUCACUCGAUAUCUUGGACCAGCAAACGCAAAUGGCAUCUGUCCAAUUGGAGUAAAUAUUAGCGGUCAAUGUUGGUAUGAUAGUAUCGGGAAUAAUAAAAAAUAG